AUGUGGGACCCCUGUUGCAACAGCGGAUUUCUGAAGGCCUCCACUCCCAUUGGAGCAGUGGAAGAACACCAGCAGGAAGGAGCAGCUGAGACAAUGAGUGAUGAAAUGACUGCAAGCCCCAUUCCCCACCCCUCAAGGGAAGCUGAGUAUGGUGUGCACCACCAUGGAGAAUUUCUGAAGGGCACCUUGCAUCUCCUGAAUGGAUUCAUCUCCUGCCAGCACUGUCCCCCCAAAGAUAUCAUGUCCCACCUGAUCAGACAGGUCCUGUUGAAUGUCCAUGAAGAGGAGAUCUUGAAGGACACCUACAUGCUGCUGCUGAAGAUCCAAAUGCUCCAUCCAGCCAAUGCUGCCACAGUGGGAUGGGACUGGAUGCUGCUGAAAUUCAUCAUGGAGGAUAGGGAAAAGCCCCCCAGUCAGCUCCUCUUCCUGCAGUACGUGGUGCAGACCCGAGAUGACUUGCAGAAGAAUCUGAGGUUGCACCUGCUGCAGAAGUUGAUUGCCAAGAAAGUACUUUUGUGUGACAUGUGCUUCAACAAUAUUAAGGAAGUGGUCAAAUGGUUGGUUGCAGCUAUUACAGGAGUAGGGUUCUGCCAGUCCCAGGAGCAGCCGCAAGAAACUCCCUCCUCUUCAGCAGAAGCCAGGGUUGAACACAGCUCAUCUGCACCAAGUCUGGCCAGCAUACAAGGUCCAGCAGCUUUCUUUGUCCAAAAGGUGAUGCUCCUGCUCCAGUGGAUGUUGUCCAUCACAGUGGAAGUGGACAGAUCUCCCACCUGGAGCUCCCGUAAGACUGCAGAUGAGAUAUUCGCAUUUAUACUGAAUGUCCCCCUGAGAAGCCAAAGGGAUGCUUUAUUAAACACCAUGGAGAGCCAGCUCCUGCACUGCAGACUGCUAGAGCUGUUGUUCCAGCACAGUUGUGAUGUGCCCUCAACCUCAUCCAUGUCUCUAGAGAUGACCCUGUAUUUCCUGAACCACUGCUCUGUGCUACUGCAUUUCGAGGAUGAAACAGCAACAUGGUAAAGGUGGGAUAAGAUGCUGCAGUACUUGAGUUUGCUGCUGAUGAGUUACCAAAGCGUAACACAGGAGCACCUGCAGAGCUCCCUCAGUGACUGGAUGGAUUUGAUUGUUCAGAAAGCCAAGCCCAGACUCCAGGAGAGUGACUACAUCACCAACCUGGACAUUCAGGUGAAGAGGGAGGACUUCAUCAGCUGAAUGCAGGAGGUCCUGGGGUAG